GGGCCGAGAGCUCGCGUAUGUGAGCCUGGCAGAAUCCCCUCCUCCCUCCUCCCCGGUAGGAAGGCUCGCUCGCUGGCUCCGUGCAGGCGCAGUGCGUGCAGUCCGCUCAGCUGGCUCCUCUCCGCUCUGCAUGGACUGAUCCCCGCCACGUAAGAAGCACCGCGGUAUCACGGGAGUGAGGAUGUCCUGCUAAAUCAAGGGAUUGGCCUGGGAAAUUGGCCGGCCGUCCCUUUCCUUCCUUCCUUCCAGCAGGAGACCCAAAGACGGAACAUUUUCUUCCAUCGGACGAACCGCCGACUCCCGCACACACUAAACAGAAACAGCAGCAGUCUUUCCGGAUGGGGUUUUCUCCUCUGCGGUCGAUGAUUAUCACCGUGCACGGAUGCGAAUCCGGGGAACAAGGCCGUGCAGUGACCUGGUACUCGUUAGCUAGCCAAGCUAACUAGUUAGCUUUGUUUUUGCUAGCCCUCUCAUUUGUUCGAGAAGGAAAAUUAUUUAAACGACUCUAAUUGGUUCACAUUUUCUUUGUUAGUGUUAUUUUUUAUUGUUAAAAAAUCCAACAUUUCCUCCGUUUUUGCAGCGGAAGUCCAAACUAUUGUUUCCGUUUUACGAAACGAACCGGCAAGAUAAGCUAGCAGCAGACGAGCGGUCUUCAUUCAUUUUUAAAGCUAACUUUUUGUAGCCUUUGUCUCGCUCGCUGCGUUCAUGAAAUUGCAGCACAUUGCUGGGAAUAUCGAUAUAAACUUGCACCAAUUUUUGAAUUUAUUUUUUAAAAAAUUGUAAUACGUAGAUUAAAAAAUAAGGAGAUGAAUUAUUGUAAAAAUGCGUCUUUUUUGUUGAAUGAAAUCCCAGCUUGUUGAUUAAUCCUUUCAUCAGCGGGACUCAUAAUAACAACUUUAUUUUAUAUAUACAUAUAUAUUUAAUUCAAGGUUUGAUUAAAAAUAGUAAAUUAUCGAUCCAUCCACGUUCUAAAAAAACCCGGAGUUCGUGGCUCUAUCGCACUUAUUCCUCAUGAACAUACAGAGGUCAAAUCCAAUUAAUAUUUCACGCUAUGGGAGAUCGAGACACAAAUCCCACGACUUCGAGAAACUGACUUGCUUGAGGACCACCGAGUCGCACCAGAGCUUCAGCCCCAACCUCGGGUCCCCCAGCCCGCCGGAGACCCCGGACUCCUCGCACUGCAUCUCCCGCAUCGGGGACUACCUUUUGUUGGAGCCGCUGGAGGGAGACCACGUUUUCAGAGCCGCCCACCUGCACAGCGGGGACGAGCUGGUGUGUAAGGUUUUCGACAUCGGCCGGUACCAGGAGUCUCUGGCGGCCUACUUCGCCCUGGGCCAGCACCAGCACAUAAACCAAAUCCUGGAGAUUCUGCUCGGCGAGACGCGAGCGUACGUCUUCUUCGAGCGCAGCCAUGGCGACAUGCACUCUUUCGUGCGCACCUGCAAGAAGCUGCGGGAGGACGAGGCCGCCCGGCUCUUCUAUCAGAUAGCCUCCGCCGUGGCCCACUGCCACGACAACGGACUGGUGCUCCGCGACCUCAAGCUGAGGAAGUUCGUCUUCAAGAACGAAGACAGAAGCCUUGUAAAGCUGGAAAGCCUGGAGGACACUUACAUCCUGGCCGGUCACGACGACUCCCUGUCAGACAAACACGGCUGCCCGGCGUACGUCAGCCCAGAGAUCCUCAACGCCAACGGCAGCUAUUCGGGGAAAGCGGCCGACGUGUGGAGCCUGGGCGUCAUGCUCUACACCAUCCUGGUGGGGCGCUACCCCUUCCACGACGUGGAGCCCGGCUCCCUGUUCAGCAAAAUCCGCAGGGGCCACUUCAACGUCCCCGAGACGCUCUCGCCAAAGGCCAAGUGCCUGAUCCGCUCCGUGCUGCGCCGGGACCCGGCGGAGCGCCUCACCUCGCGGGAGAUCCUGGAGCACCCCUGGUUCGCCUCCGUGGGGCUGCUGGGGGGCGCCCCGGCGCACAGUAGAGGGGAGAGGGAGCACGAGCAGGUCGUGCCGGAGGUGAACAUGGAGGAGGAGCUGGAGCAGUUCUUCAGCUGAGCAAGCACAACGACUCUGCCGCCGCUGGCUCGCCGGCGGCGCCGCAGAGCCCGUAGUUUAGCGAUCGAUAGGUGAAUUUGUCAAUCAUUCUAAAAGGUGUUUCCAUCCUGUUUCCUUUCAUUUCACGGGAAACCCGAAGCUCAGCAUGACAAAUGACAUCUAUACAUCACCCGGCGGCGCACGGCCCUCGCCGGGGCGCCCCCGCCGCCACACAUGCAAGUUGCAAAUAAUGUAGCAAAUGUUCUUUUUUUUUUUAAAGCUAAAUUUCAGGGUUUUUUUUUUUUAAUCCAGAGAUUCCUUUUUCAUGUAUGAUGUAGGCAAUAUCUUGACACAGGACAGACGACGUGAGGAAGAAGAACCGUCUGUCUGAAGGUUGAAAACAUAAUAUUGUCUGUGCCAGUAUUCCUGCCCCCUCACCUCUUUCUAAAAACUUGAUACCAGAUCUAUUUAGUAGUAAUACUGCAACGACAGGCCGCCGUCGUGACCUCCUGCCUGUUCUGGUUCUGUGAAACAAUCAUGCUCGGAUGGGUACCAGUGGUUAGUCGUAUCUCAAUGUUACUUGAAAACCUCUUUUUUUGUUUAUUUUUUUGUUGUGGCAUGACCUCCCUGUCAGGGGUGAGGGUGGGUUUGGGGGUAAGGACGAUGCUUCUUUUUUUAUUUUUUAUUUUUUUUUUUUUUUUAAAGAAAAGCCAAAAUAAGCAAAAAAAGUCUAUUUGUUACCUUUUCUUAGUUGCUUUACAAUAAAAACGGCUUUCAUUGUUUUUGUAGACCCGGGCUACCUUUUCAUUUCAGUUGGUGCUAAUGUUUUUUUGUUUUUUUUGGUUUCAUGGAGGGGUUGGUGCAUGGUGGGAUAUCUGCCUCACAUGUUCUGAUUGUAUUGUAACAGAUUCUGGUGUUUUGUCCAAAUUUAUUCAGUAAAUAAAUUGUGAACUGAUGA